AUGCAGCAUGAUCUGAAUCCCAAGCCUCAACCUCCUACUCAGCCGAACUCUAUCCGCAGUCCCCAUAUCCUUACCCCCAUCUUCCCUUCCCACUCAUUCCGUCCACCACUCAGCCCAUCCUUGAUCCUCAUCAUUUUUCUCCAUCGCAAUAUCAUGCCUGAUAGCUCAGAAAGCCAAUAUAUCAGACUUGAAGUCAUCAACGGAAAGAAUCUUCGAGUCCCCUCCUGGCGCAUUCCCGCUGGCAUUUAUGUGUCCAUCAAUGUCGACCUGAGGAGACGCUGGAAAUUGGCCAUUAGUGUCUUAUCAUCCGACGAAUUUGUAGCAUGGGGUAAUAUUGUAAUUCUGUCAUCACAUUUUUUACCAGUGAUAUCAAUGGAGAUUAAAGCAUCCUAUGAGCUCGGUCGAAUACCAGGCGGUGGAGAGCUCAUCGGAGAACUCCAAAUGUCGUGGGAUGAGCCAUUUGAUCUAUCCUUCCCACUCGUGCGAGGCGUUCACCCUUCCAUCACACUGAAGGUUGCCGUUGUACAUUACGACGAUCAGGAUAGUACACUGUUUGAUGUGAACAUUGCACUCUGUCCUUCGCUCGUAGACUUCGAGAUUGCUCGAGAGAUAGAUGUGGGCCACGCACAAUUUGCCUCAUGUGACGAGCAAGACAGUCUCUCACCUGAAUGGUUCGGUAGAGCAUUUUCAGUUGGUUCUGGACCAGUGUCCGGAGUGCUGACUUGGCGCCACUACAAGAAAAGUACCGCUGCCGACAUCCGCGAAGCCGCCCAACUCCAUCAUGAGCUACUGCCUCUCUGUCCAAAGGGCACAUACCUUCGUAGCAUUGUGGCAGGGAGAAAUGGUGUCAAUUAUGUGAUCAACGGAUGCAACAAUCUUCCAAAAGACGCACCUGAUGAAGGCAUCCACCUUCGAAGCGUCGUCCUCGAGCUCUGUCCUCUAAGCCAUCAACUUCGUCCCAGAACCCUCAUUGAGCUUGCACAUGCAGUUGCAGCAUGCUUUGACCAGCACGGUAGCAUCGAUGAUCUUGACAUGAACAUACGGUUUGGUCAUGAAGCCGUGUCUCUGCACCCCGAGGGACAUGCUAGCCAUGAUUUCUACUUGAACAACUUUACUUGUACACUCGCAUCCCGCUUCAGGCACCAAGGCAAACCUAGUGACCUCGAUGAGGCCAUAUCUUUGCACGAAAAAGCGCUGCGCCUGCGUCUUGUUGAGCACGAGUCUCGAUUGAUCAAUCUAGGGCUUGCCCUCGUCACCCAUUUCAACACACGCAACGACUUUGACGACAUCAAUCGAGCUAUCAGCCUCCUUCGCGAGGCACUGACAUUACACCCACCCGAGCAUCCACAUCGUGACAUCACACUUAACGACCUUGCGCUCGCGCUCGAAAUCAGAUAUAACAAAUUGUAUGUCAGCGAGGAUCUUAACGAGGCCAUUGAUCGGUGUCGCGAAUCCCUUCGGUUAAAGCGGCUUGACAAUCCAGAGUACCACAGAACUCUUUUGGAUUUGAGCUCGGCAUUCUGCUCCCGUUUCACGCAAACUCAGAAGAACGAAGAUGUUGGGGAGGCCAUUACUCUUUGUCAAGAAUCGUUGGCAGCUCUGUCUUCGCUACACCCGGACAGGUAUUUCACCUACAUGCGGCUGCAGAAGGCUUAUCUAUCUCGUUAUCGGAUUAUACACGACCCUGCUGAUUUGGCGCUCGCUAUAGAGAACUUCAGACUCACAUCAGGAUAUCCUACUAAAGGCUUUCCGAAUCGUAUUUGA